CCUCGCGGCGAGACACGGCAAGGAGGAGCAGGCGGCCAUGGGCACCAUGGUUGGCCACGUCGCGCCGGGCGCCGGCUUCCUCGUCAUCGGCCUGUGGCAGCUGUUCAACCACAUCCGGCUGUUCGCGCUGCGGCCGAGCUCGUACUCAGCGCCGGUGUGGUUCCCGGUGCGCGGGGCGCGCCACCUCGAGCUCGUACUGGUGAUCGUCGGCACGGUGAUCUCCAUCCUCAUGGAGCUCGUCAUCGGGCCGGCCAAGCACCAGCCGUUCGACGAGGACGGGACCAUCCCCUCCGACCACCUCCACAACUUCGAGCACGCGUCCAUCUCUCUCGCGCUGCUCGUCUACGCCGCGGUGACCAUCCACAUGGACAGGGUCGGGGCGCCCAUGCGCGACGCCGUCUCGCAGCUGGUCGCCGCCGCGGCGUUCGCGCAGCAGCUGCUCAUCUUCCACCUCCACUCCGCCGACCACAUGGGCGUCGAGGGGCAGUUCCACUGGCUGCUGCAGACGGUCAUCGCCGUCACGCUCGCCACCACCGUGCUCGGGAUCCCCUGCCCGCGGAGCUUCGCCGUCAGCCUGGUCCGGUCGGCGAGCCUCGUGUUCCAGGGCGUCUGGUUCAUCGUCAUGGGCGUCAUGCUCUGGACCCCGGCGCUCAUCCCCAAGGGGUGCUUCCUCAACUUCGAGGAAGGCCACGACGUCGUCCGGUGCCGCACCGACGAGGCGCUCCACCGCGCCAAGUCGCUCGUCAACCUGCAGUUCAGCUGGUACCUCACCGCCACCGUGGUGUUCGUCGUCGUGUUCUACCUCCAGCUGAGGAAGGCCUACCCCGAGGAGCCGCGGUACGUGCCGCUUGUCAAGGGCGGCGGCGCCGGCGGCGACGGCGACAGCGACGGCGGCAGGUUCAGCAUCGGAGACGACGAGGAGGACGACCUCGAGGCCGCGAAAGGUGGCUUCGGACACGUGGUCGGUGGCGGGAAGGCCAUUGAAAUCGAGCGGUAACGCAAUUCCGUGUCAAAUUAAACAAAGGUUAGGACGGCUGUGUGAUUAAAAUGGAAUACGGGGGCCUAUUUGUAAAUAAUAGUCCUUUUUU